UUCUCCGCGGUGACUCAAAUCUCACUCUCCCCCCUCCUCUGACCUCUCCCUUGCAGAACAUCAGUCGGAAGAAUCCAAAUCACGAAAACAUGGUGGAAUUCUUGGAGCUGGAAGCUCAGGACGGUGUGCGGAUGCCAUGGAACGUGAUACCCGGGACGAAGCAAGAAUCAGCUCAGAGCAUAAUCCCUGUGGCCGCCAUCUACACUCCGCUCAAACCUUUCCCAUCCAUGCCAGUCCUUCCAUACACUCCUCUCCGAUGCCGCACAUGCCGAUCCGUCCUCAACCCCUUCGCUAUCGUCGACUUUUCCGCCAAGCUCUGGAUCUGCCCCUUCUGCUUCCAGCGCAACCACUUCCCCGCCCACUACUCCUCCAUCUCCGACCUUAACCUCCCCGCUGAGCUCUUCCCCAACUACACAACUCUCGAGUACGAGUCUCCUUCUGACGCCACCCCUGUUCCCAUGGUUUUUAUGUUGGUUGUUGACACCUGCUUGAUCGAGGAGGAGAUGGGGUUUCUCAAGUCCGCGCUCGCGCAGGCUAUGGAUCUGGUGCCAGAUAAUUCUCUUGUGGGGAUGAUCACCUUCGGGACAUAUGUGCAAGUUCAUGAGCUAGGGUUCGGGCACGUUUCCAAGAGCUACGUGUUUAAGGGGACUAAGGAUGUUUCCAAGGAUCAGCUUCUUGAGCAGAUGAAUUUUUUUGCCAGGAAGCCCAGACCGACUACUGGCGUUGUUGCUGGCUCUAGGGACGGGCUGUCCGCCGAGAGCAUUGCGCGGUUUUUGCUGCCUGUGGCUGAGUGCGAGUUUGCGCUUAAUUCGGUUCUUGAGGAGCUUCAGAAGGAUCCUUGGCCUGUGCCAGCAGACCAGAGGGCUGUGCGGUGCACAAGCACUGCGUUGAGUGUGGCUGCUAGUUUGUUGGGAGCAUGUGUUCCUGGUUCUGGAGCUAGGAUCAUGGCAUUUAUUGGUGGUCCAUCAACAGAAGGGGCGGGAGCUAUUGUGUCAAAAAUUUUGUCUGAACCAAUUCGUUCACACAAGGACCUGGAUAAAGAUUCUGCUCCUCAUUAUCAUAAGGCUGUGAAGUUUUAUGAGGGACUUGCAAAGCAGCUUGUACAUCAAGGACAUGUACUUGAUCUGUUUGCUUGUGCCCUUGACCAGGUGGGGGUUGCUGAACUUAAAAUUGCAGUUGAGAGAACUGGAGGAAUUGUUGUGCUUGCUGAAAGUUUUGGCCAUGCAGUUUUUAGGGACUCUCUUAAACGUGUUUUUCAGUCAACUGAUUAUGAUCUUGGUCUAUCAUCCAAUGGUAUAUUUGAGAUAAACUGCUCAAAGGAUAUCAAAGUUCAGGGCAUUAUUGGUCCCUGUGCAUCUCUUGAAAAGAAAGGUCCUUUGUGCUCUGAUACUGUUGUUGGUCAGGGGAAUACCAGUGCAUGGAAGUUGUGUGGCCUUGAUAACGAUACAUCUUUAUGUUUAAUAUUUGAUGUUGUGAAAAAGGACAUCCCAGAUGCUAUUGGCCAAUCCACAAGCAAUCAGUUUUACUUCCAAUUCUUAACAUAUUACCAGCAUGGCAAUGGUCAGAUGAGACUUCGUGUAACAACCCUGUCCAGAAGAUGGAUUGCUGGGCCUGGAAGCAUACAGGAUCUAAUUGCUGGAUUUGACCAAGAAACAGCAGCUGUAGUAAUGGCUCGUGUCGUUUCUUUCAAAAUGGAAACUGAGGCUGAGUUUGACCCCAUUAGAUGGUUGGAUAGAUCAUUGAUUCAACUAUGUUCUCGGUUUGGAGAUUACCAAAAGGACAACCCAUCUUCUUUCAGCUUAUCUCCAAGAUUUUCAAUAUUUCCCCAGUUUAUAUUUCAUUUGCGACGUUCUCAGUUUGUUCAGGUUUUUAAUAACAGCCCAGAUGAGACUGCAUACUUUAGAAUGAUCCUGAACCGGGAAAAUGUGGCCAAUUCAGUUGUGAUGAUUCAGCCUUCAUUGAUUUCUUACUCAUUUCAUUCAGGCCCAGAACCAGCUCUUCUUGAUGUGGCUGCCAUUGCAGCUGACAGGAUCCUACUUUUGGACUCUUAUUUUACUGUUGUUGUAUUUCAUGGUGCAACUAUUGCUCAGUGGCGAAAUGCUGGAUAUCAGAAUCAGCCUGAACAUGAGGUGUUUGCCCAGUUGCUGCGGGCUCCACGAGAUGAUGCUGAUGCAAUAAUUAAAGAAAGGUUUCCUGUACCUCGCUUAGUCAUUUGUGAUCAGCAUGGAUCCCAGGCCCGUUUUCUGCUAGCGAAGUUGAAUCCUUCUGCAACAUACAACUCUGCUUCUUCUCUUCCAGGAGGGGAUAUACUCUUUACAGAUGAUGUUAGCUUUGAAGUAUUCUUGGAUCAUCUCCAGAGAUUAGCUGUUCAAUAGAGUAGAACAUGAAUUUCUCCAAUUUUGUAACAUUUGGUCUGAGUUGCUUGUACAGUAGUAAUGCACAGUUCAUUUUAGAUUAAGCUUUGUGUUGGGCUUCAUAAUCUGCCGAAGCAUGUAAUGCUUGUAUUGUGAUCUUAAUAAUACAUAUCUUGAAGCGAAGUCUUCUCUUCCAUGCAUCUUAAUUGUAUUUGAUGCAAA